UCCGGUGCCGGCCGCCCGCCUCGUCGUUGCCUGCCCUCCCCUCAUUGCAGUCAUGGCCGCCGCGUCGCCCCUUUCCCCCGAGGACCUGCUGCUGCCCAAGUCCGCGGCGGGCAAGGCCGAAGAGCUGGAGGAGGAGGUGGAGGACGACGACGACGAGCUGGACGAGACGCUGGCAGAGAGGCUCUGGGGCUUGACAGAGAUGUUCCCGGAAAGCGUCCGAUCGGCAGCUGGAGCUACCUUCGGCGUGUCACUUUCUGUAGCCCAGAAAAUGUACAGAUUCUCCAGGGCAGCUUUGUGGAUUGGGACCACUUCCUUCAUGAUCCUAGUUCUUCCUGUUGUUUUUGAAACUGAGAAACUGCAAAUGGAGCAGCAACAGCAGAUGCAACAGCGACAGAUUUUAUUAGGACCAAACACAGGAUUGUCUGGAGGGAUGCCAGGUCCUCUGCCGUCUCUUCCUGGAAAGAUUUAAUGAAGCUACACUGGACCCAUAUCAUGGAAUGAAAUAUUGAAAUCAUUUGUUUGAACUGUUUGAUUAGGCCAGCGUUUUUUCUCGUAAACCUUGGGAUAUUAACUAUUCUUAAUGAAGGCAGAACCCCUAUCUGGAUCUCCUGCAAUCUUUAGGCAGUCAUGACUUUUCCAUCCAUUCAAGCAACGUUAUAGGUAACUAUGGAGACUUUGGAAGCUUCUGUUUUGGUAGCCUUACCUCCAGGAAACCACCUCAGGACAUGUUUGGUCAACCUUAGCCUGUAAUUGUCAGUGUAAAUAGUCCUGUGUUCUUCUCCAACUGUAUUUAUUUCAGAGCAGUAACAGCAAGAAAUGGAGUAAAUAUGCCAGAAAAUGCAGCAUAUAGAAGAACCUAGUAUGCACUUGACUCUAUGCAGUGAGUUCUUACUUGAAGAAAGAUAUUUGCCCUACAAUGUUACAUAUUUGAAAAAUAAGGGAAGCAGGAAAAGUCAUUUUUGCCAAGUCUUAUCUGUGCUGAAUCUAUUAGUAUUAAAGUUAGCUAGAGCACUUUUCUAUUAAAGUUUCAGUGCAAA